AGUGUGUGAGUGAGUGAGCUUUGCUGUGUUUUGAGCUUGAUUGCCGCAAAACCCUAAUCGAGUUUUUUGCGAGCUCGUGGAGCUCGCAAUGACGCUCUUGACGAAGAUGGCGUCCGCACGGCGGUGGAUGCGAGUUCAUUCCUCGACAGCUGCAGCCUCGCGCAAUUUCACCUUCCAAUUCGUCCGCUCUCUCACAGGCGGAGGUGGAUUCAGGGAGGAGCGUGACACCUUUGGCCUCAUUCAAGUCCCCAAUGACCGAUACUGGGGUGCUCAGACUCAAAGAUCUGUACAGAAUUUUGAGAUUGGGGGUGAAUCCGAACGGAUGCCGAAACAGCUUGUUGAAGCUCUUGGCAUCCUUAAGAAGUGCGCUGCCAUUGUGAACAUGGAAUAUGGUCUGGACAAGAAAUUUGGCGAGGCCAUCGUAAAAGCGGCCAGUGAGGUAGCUCAGGGAAAGCUGACUGACCACUUUCCACUUGUUGUUUGGCAAACGGGCAGCGGCACUCAAUCGAAUAUGAAUGCCAAUGAGGUGAUUGCUAAUCGUGCGGGUGAGAUUAUCGGUAUCCCUAUUGGCAGCAAGGGGGUCCAUCCCAACGAUCACGUUAACAUGAGUCAAUCCUCAAAUGACACCUUUCCAACGGCGAUGCAUAUUGCAGCAGCUAUAGAGGCUACCAGUAGGCUACUUCCCCAUUUGCAUGCCCUGCACGAAGCGCUUAUUGAGAAGCAAAAUGAUUUUAGCGACAUUGUUAAGAUUGGUCGCACUCAUACUCAAGAUGCUGUUCCACUCACCCUCGGACAAGUGUUUAGUGCAUACUGCACACAGGUGCAAUAUGGAAUAGAGAGAGUCGAGAACACCCUUCCUCGCCUUUAUCAGUUGGCUCAAGGAGGGACGGCUGUUGGAACUGGACUCAACACCAAGAAGGGGUUUGAUAAGAAGUUUGCAGCUCAAGUGGCAAAGGAGACAGGAUUACCAUUUGUUACAGCUCCAAACAAGUUUGAAGCAUUGGCAGCUCAUGACGCUAUUGUAGAAUGUAGUGGUGCACUCAACACUGUAGCUGUUUCUCUUAUGAAGAUUGCCAAUGACAUUCGUUUGUUGGGAAGUGGACCUCGAUGCGGGCUGCAUGAGUUGAUUUUACCGGAGAAUGAACCUGGCAGCAGUAUCAUGCCGGGUAAGGUCAAUCCCACACAGUGCGAGGCUUUAACAAUGGUUUGCGCUCAGGUAAUGGGUAACCAUACUACCAUUACAGUAGCGGGUUCUAAUGGGCACUUUGAACUCAAUGUUUACAAGCCUGUCAUGAUCAACGCUUUGCUUCAGUCAAUGGUGUUGCUUGGAGACGCCGCAGAGUCUUUCAGGAAGAACUGUGUUGUGGGCAUUGAAGCUAAUCGCAACCAUAUUGAUAAUUUGAUGCGAAGGUCGCUAAUGCUUGUGACUGCGCUCAACCCUAAAAUUGGUUAUGACAAAGCUGCAGCAUGUGCGAAGAAAGCUCACAAAGAAGGGACUACAUUGAAGGAAGCUGCUAUGAGUCUGGGCUAUCUAACAUCUGAAGAGUUUGAUGAGUGGGUCGACCCAAAGAAAAUGUUGGGACCAUCAUAGGCCCAGUCAAACUUAAUCGCUCUGUGGAUCACAACACAGGACGUGCCCGACACAGCACAUAAAAUAUCACGAUUUUAAAUUAUGCACAUAGGGCAACGUGGCCCUUCGUAAUGUUGGAUCAGCUUCUUCAAUUGCAGCCAUGGGGUUCUCUUAGUGAAUCGCCCAAUUGGAAAUUCGGACGAUUUUCUCGCUUAUGCGUUGAUGGAAUUGAAGCCCACGACAAGGAAAUCUAACUGACCGAGGAUUUCUUAACUUGAGGAGACCAUUCAUGGAGCAUUGGCAACCUUUACUUAUUGGAUUUUUGCAUCCAGUGUCUUAAAUAAAGAGCAAGUUGAAAAGCAAAUCUCUGAUA